UUUUGUUUUCGGUGUAUAAUAAAUGCCGGUAUAACUAAAAAACCAUUUCAUAAAUGUUGUUCAGAUUGAGAAACCAAAAAAAAUGGAGGUGAUGAAGAAGACUGGUACCAAAAAAAGAUGGAGUAAUUUUUUCAUGUGCCAUUAAUGAAUGUAUCCGAAGUUAGGCACCUUCCCUUAAAUAUCCCCAUAACCAAAAUAUAAUGUUACAAAAAAGUCUCUCCCUUUCCCCAACUGUACCCAUCAAUGCCUAUGUCCAUUCCUCUCCCUUGCACAUAAGCUUUGCUCUGUCUAUUUAAUUUAACUCUUCUUCUGCAUGAAAGUUUUAUGCUUUCGAUGAUUCCCAAAAUCUUUCUCAUGCGUUUUUUACUUUCUUGAUUUGGCAAUCCUCAUGAGCUGAUUUUGAUUUCUUCUUUAUGGUUGCCGACACGAAAGGUUUGUUGUUCUUGACUUGUGUUUUUAUUUUAUUGGACAGUCUUCUUUUGGUAGAUGAACAACUCAAAGACGGAGCUAACAAAGUUGUUUUUUUGAUAUUCCAUUAAUUUUCCUUUAUUUUAUUCCUUAAUCUUUCUUUGAUUUUUCUCUGCAUUGUGUCAUGUUUUGUGGCAUUACUAUUUAAAGGAAUUUUUUGGUAUCUAUGCAUUAAUGUCUGAUUUCUUACAUGACAGAAGAAGCUAGGACACAAAACAACUCAAAUUUUGUUUGGUGAGAAAAAUCAACCAAGAAAAUAUUGAUUCUUUUGGAGCAAGGAGUUGGUUUGAUUGGUAAUGCUCAAGUUGGUCUCUCUUUUUUCUUUUCAAAUCCAACUUGAUUUCUUUGUUCUAUAUGAUCCAAACCCAUGUAGUAUAAAUCUGUAGUGGAUUACAUAACCACCAGAAAAAAUCAUUUCUAGUCAUUGUUCAUUAUUGUCUUUGGUUUGUUUGAACUUUCUUGUGUGUGUGGACCAUAAGAAGAAGGAAUGGUGGGAAGCAUUGAGGCAAAGAGUCUGCAAUCAAACGGGUCUGUUCAUCAUAUUGGUCUUAAUUUGGAGGAGAAACUUGAUGAAUUUCGUCGUCUUUUGGGGAAAUCAGAAAAAGAUCCGUUAAGGAUUGUAAGUGUUGGUGCUGGUGCUUGGGGAAGUGUUUUUGCAGCACUUCUUCAAGAAAGCUAUGGAGGUUUCAGGGAUAAGUUUCAGAUCAGGAUAUGGAGAAGAGCUGGGAGAGCUGUUGAUAGAGAAACUGCAGAACAUUUGUUUGAAGUGAUCAAUUCAAGGGAAGAUAUCUUGAGGAGAUUGAUAAGACGCUGUGCUUAUCUGAAAUAUGUCGAGGCAAGGCUUGGUGAUAGGACACUCUAUGCUGAUGAGAUAUUGAAAGACGGGUUUUGUCUUAACAUGGUUGAUACGCCGCUUUGUCCUCUUAAGGUUGUGACAAAUCUGCAAGAAGCUGUGUGGGAUGCUGAUAUUGUUGUUAAUGGAUUGCCUUCAACUGAAACACGUGAAGUGUUUGAAGAGAUUAGUAAGUAUUGGAAAGAGAGAAUAACGGUUCCGAUUAUUAUCUCUCUGUCAAAGGGUAUUGAAACUGCUCUUGAACCAGUUCCACAUAUCAUAACUCCAACAAAGAUGAUUCAUCAAGCAACUGGUGUGCCGAUUGACAAUGUCCUGUAUCUUGGUGGACCAAACAUUGCUGCUGAAAUUUACAACAAGGAAUAUGCCAAUGCUAGAAUCUGUGGAGCUGCUAAAUGGAGGAAGCCACUAGCUAAGUUCUUAAGACAACCUCAUUUCAUUGUUUGGGACAAUAGUGAUCUUGUGACACAUGAAGUAAUGGGAGGUCUCAAGAAUGUCUACGCCAUUGGAGCUGGUAUGGUAGCGGCGCUCACUAACGAGAGCGCUACAAGCAAGUCGGUGUAUUUUGCUCAUUGUACAUCUGAGAUGAUAUUUAUAACUCAUUUACUAGCAGAAGAGCCUGAGAAACUUGCAGGGCCUUUGCUAGCUGACACUUAUGUGACCUUAUUAAAAGGACGUAAUGCAUGGUACGGUCAAAUGCUGGCAAAGGGUGAAAUAAAUAGAGACAUGGGUGAUAGCAUAAGCGGCAAGGGAAUGAUUCAGGGUGUUUCUGCAGUGGGAGCAUUUUACCAAUUGCUUAGUCAAUCAAGCUUAAGUAUAUUGCCCUCUGAAGAGAAGAAACCUGUAGCUCCGGUCGAAUCAUGUCCUAUUUUAAAGACACUUUACAAGAUACUCAUCACAAGAGAACAAUCAACUCAGGCCAUUCUGCAAGCAUUAAGGGAUGAGACAUUGAACGAUCCCAGAGACCGUAUUGAGAUUGCACAGAGCCAUGCAUUCUACAGGCCUUCCCUUCUUGGUCAGCCUUGAUUAGUCAGUCAUGGCUUUUAUAAGAGAUUCAACAUAAAUUACUUCUGCAAGCUGCAGAUGCUUCAUUCAAAACAUUAUAGCUUUAAUGGGAAGGGGUAGUUUCACAUCUGUCAUAACUUAAAAUGGAUUCUUGUUAAGUCUCUGAGUCAAUGCAAUCUUUGUACUGUAUCAUUUUCUUUAUGAUCAAUGAGAGCUUUAUUUGCUCCAACAAUUUUAGUAAAAGAAAGAAAACACAGAUUUUAGUUACUAA